UAGAAAUUACGUCACUUCCGUUAAAAAUACUAAGAUGACAUCUGAAAAUGAGAAGAAAUACACCGAUCUCCUUGUACAGGAAUUCGAGGAAUGGCAGAAAGACGAAGAUUCGGAUAUUGUGUUUCUUUUAGAGGCUACAGGGAAGGACAAUGGUGGAGCCACUCUGAGUCUGUUGCUGGCAUGUGAACAUGAGUUCAAACUUCUUGUCCCGAUAGGGUAUCCAGACUAUGAAGAUCAUUUCUUUGUGGAAUCUGACCCAGUCAUAAAAGAAUGGAGCUCUGCUUUUAACGAGUUCCUCCUCGAUCCAAGACAGAAGCUAUGUUUAAGGGAUGUUUUGAACAAAGCGGUGAGUCUACAAAGGGAAGAGAAGGAGCGUGGUAGCAACAGUCCAAUCACAUCAGAGGAGGAAUUCAGUGAUGAUGCUAAAAUGGAAGAAGAAGAUGAAGAGGAGAUGAUCUUGGCUGAUGAUGAUGCAUUUACAACAGAAUGGGAUUUACACUUGGCAAGAAAAAAGAAACGAUGGGCUCAGAAGGAAGCCCAAAUCAGGGAAGAGAUGGAGAAAGUUCGGACAUCUCAAGCUGGUGUUUCAAUGAGUCCCAGUAUGGACAACAAGCCCUCUAAGCAGAUCUUCACCAGUAACGCUGCUGCAGGAAUCCUCACCAAUGACCUCGUCAACAUCAUGGAGGGUGAACAGGAAGUCGGAUUCACAGCUGAGCCAAUUGAUGAUAACAUCUAUAACUGGAGAGUGAAGAUAUUCAACUUUGCUGAAAGUGAUCUGGCCAAAGACUUGAGUGAAAUCAGGGAGAAAUUUGGGUACGACUACAUUGAGCUGGAAAUGACCUUCGAGAUUGACCUGUACCCAUUUUACCCGCCACUUGUCAAGGUCAUGAGACCAAGAUUACAGGGUUCCAUGAUGCAGAGGGUGACAAACAUGGAGUUGCUGAAACUCUCCUAUUGGUGUCCAACUAAGGACAUGAAGACCGUUAUAAAGGAGAUCAAAACCUUUCUACAGCAAUGGGCUCGACUGGAGGUAGACAGUGAGAGGAACGACCUGAAGAGGUAUCCCCACGGAGCAUACCUGGAAAUGGAACACCACCUCCUUACGCUGGCGUUGGUCAGUGAAGUUGUACCACGUGUGAACCAGAGAUACCAGUUAAAUGUGGAUGGGCUGAAAUCUGCCCCAGCAUCAAUGAAUGAGAAGAAAUUGGCUAAAAAUGACCUGGAGUAUUGGGCCAAGGGUAUUGGUUACGGACACCAGUUUCGGCCAGAAUGGGACAUCAAUGCCUACAUAGCGGCCCAGAAAGAAAAAGAUAACAAGAUAGAGGAUGCACUACACAAGAUCCUUGCAGAGUUUAAGCUGCUGUAUGCUAACCAUGCCCCGCAACUGAAGCCACGUCCCCCUGGUCAGCCUGAUCCCAAUGUAGCAGUACCAGACACGGGCCAGUCCAUUGACCCUGUCCAGGAUAUGUACUCGGUAGUGGAGGGGUCAGCUGUCAUCCCCUUCAUGGAGCAAUAUUUGAGAGCAGAUUCUUUCCUAGAGAUAUGUAGACAUUCAGAAGUGUAUAAAUUCAUCGUAGAUAUUAUUAAAGAAAUUGCUCGUCAACGCCAGUUACUUCCUCUCUUGUGUUCUCUGUCUAACCAGACGAUGUCUAUAUACCAGCUACUGGAACAACUGGAGAAAAAGGCAUCCCUUAUCCUGAAACACAUGUGUAAGGCGGGAAAUGGAAGUGUCCCUCGCCCCCAGACAAGCACUGCCCCUGAAGGAGACACCAAUGCCAUGCCCUUCAAUAUAUUGCCGAAUUGCUUCAGUCGGUGUCGUGGUUCAAGCUCCUCCUGCUCGGCACUCGGCACUGAUGCAGAGCUUGCAGAGGAAAAACUUGCAAGAGAAUUUGUGAUACUUUUCAACAAUGUUAAAGAUAUGAUGGCUGUUCAGGGCCUGUCCCCUAGUGGUGAACAGUGUAGUCCCACGGCAUCAGCACGGGAGAUGUCUAUAUCUAAUGAUGGAGGCACGUCCGUCAUGGAUGUCAGUGUCCAGGUAGACAAGCUUGAUGCGACGGAAGUCCAGUACAAGCAAGUGUUAAGAAAUAUGCAGUUUUAUAGUACAGAAUUUUCAUUGGAAGGAAACUGGGCCCAUCAUUAUGCAAGUCAGUUUAAAACAGCUCAGAGUUCCCGACAAAACCAGAUUUUCCGAAUUGCCCAAGAACUUUCCUCUUUAUCUUCGUCAUUGCCUUUAGAUUGGUCAUCAGCCAUCUUCGUGCGAAGUGAUGAUGACAAACUGACGUUAAUGAAGGCACUCAUUACAGGCCCUGAGGGAACGCCCUACUCAGGAGGUUGUUAUGUGUUUGAUAUAUACUUUCCCCCUGCCUAUCCUAAGUCCCCGCCGCUGGUGAAUCUACAGACCACUGGCUCAGGAAAGGUCCGCUUCAACCCCAAUCUUUAUGCAUGUGGAAAGGUGUGUUUAUCUCUACUUGGAACCUGGGAAGGACAGAAAGGGGAACAAUGGAACGAAAAAACCUCUACUGUACUCCAGGUGCUUGUGUCCAUCCAGUCUCUCAUCCUAGUACAAGAUCCUUACUUCAAUGAGCCUGGCUUUGAGCUGGAGAUCGGGACGGAGGGAGGUAAAAAGCACAGUGACGAAUAUAAUGCAGAUUGUUGUUAUAACAACAUAAAAUAUGCCAUGAUUGGCCAGCUUCAGAACCCACCACCAGAGUUUGCAGACAUAAUCAAAACACAUUUUUACCACAAAAAGAAGAAGAUUUUAGAGGAGGUGGAGGGCUGGGCAAACAAAUACUCCAAUCGGCGACUCGGAGGUCUCUUGCCUAGUCUGAAACAGGAACUCAAGAAACUACAUCCACCACCUAGCAUGAAUGGGCCCUCAGGUUCUGUUAUCAAAAUGACCCCUGCCAUCAGUACAGGUAACCAACAGUCAAGUUCUGUUAUCAAAAUGACCCCUGCCAUCAGUACAGGUAACCAACAGUCAAGUUCUGUUAUCAAAAUGACCCCUGCCAUCAGUACAGGUAACCAACAGUCAAGUUCUGUUAUCAAAAUGACCCCUGCCAUCAGUACAGGUAACCAACAGUCAAGUUCUGUUAUCAAAAUGACCCCUGCCAUCAGUACAGGUAACCAACAGUCAAGUUCUGUUAUCAAAAUGACCCCUGCCAUCAGUACAGGUAACCAACAGUCAAGUUCUGUUAUCAAAAUGACCCCUGCCAUCAGUACAGCUCGAGAAGCGAAAAUGACUAAGAAAUAUUUCUCAGCUGUUUGCAAUGCGAAACAGUUUUCGUGGAAAGGAGAAGGACAGGUAACCGAUAGACGAAGAUGUAACGAAAAACAUUAUGAGGAGUUUACACUUAACAGGACUCAAUACAGAUUGGGUGAUUUUGUAUUUAUUGAUGCUGACAACGAAGCAGGAAUUGAGGGUGCAUAUAUUGCUCAAAUCAAGGACUUGAUUCAUGAAGAAUCUGGAGAUCAGAAAUCUGAGCCCAAAGCUAUAGUCCAAUGGUACUGGCGCCAAUUCGAGAUGAAGGCAGCACUGAAACGCAUGGAAAGGAAGAACGGGUCAACAGACCCCAAAGAGGUGUUUCUCAACAACGGGAAAAACCUCGACGAUACAAUCGAUAUAGACACAAUCCUGGAAAAGUGUCAGAUUGAACCUUGCCAGCCUGGAGAAAUACCAAAGGGAAAGUUGUCGAAACAAUUUUAUGUUACAAGAUCAUACAACGGAAGUACAUUUUAUACCUUACCAGAUGUUAAGGUGAGAAAGAAUGGAAGCAAAGACUUUAAGGAAAAUGAACAUGCAAAUCGUUCUUCAAGAAGAUCAUUAGGCUGUGCCCUAGUUACUGGGAAACCUUUUGAGAAUUGUACAAAUAAAAUGCGACAAACAAGGCAUUCAGUUGGUGCUGACAUUCUGCAGAGUAACAGAGACCUCUUUGACUUUCAGCCGAGUCAACAACAAAGGAGAAGUGUGAAACCAAUCAGGAGACUCCACAAGGAUGGUGAUAUAGAAAAAUCAUCAAUUCCUGUGAAAGGGUACCACCCAAAUCUGAGUCCAAAUUCUAUGCCUUUAGACAGAACCAAAGGAGGAAGUGCUAAAUAUCCCUGGUACAAAGGGGAGGAUGUGGUCAAUUUCUUCAGCGAUCUCCAGGACGAUGACAGUGAUGCCGUAUCUAUUAUAUCCAUGUCCUCUGAUAGUGGUAUCUCCAAUGUUUCUGGACCUACCAGGCGCCCAAAGCAUGCGAAAACACCACUAGAUUGUGUGUCCAUGGAUGUAAAACCAAGAUCAAGGACAGCUACUCCAACUAAGGUCAAGGUCACAAAGUCAGAAACACCCAUCAAGGUCAAUAAUACUGGGUCAAGGACAGGAACACCAUCUAAAGGAACCCCAUUAAAGGUUAAACCUGUAAAAUAUGGUACACCCAAGAAGGUCACUGAAAUUGAGUCGAACACAGAAAAUUCUAAUGUAGAGAAUAAGAUUACAACUCCAAAAAGGAAAGGUAGUUCUGUAGAACAGGGAGGUAAGCGUUGUAGGACUGAGCCUCGUAGGAGUAGUGUGCGCCAAGAGGACACUUCAAGGUCGGCAAGCAAGGUCGAAAGGAGGAAAUUAGUGCCUAGUGUAAUAGUGAAGCGUAUUGGCGAUCAUAAGUACGAGUCAUUUAGGAACCAGACACCGGACAGCAUAGAAAGACCAGCUCGCCGAGGACUUGGUACCAUGUUUGACAGAGAGAGUAGAAAAUCUGAGACAGACACUCCCAUCUGUGGAGGCAGGGCACUCCGGAGACGUUCCACGAAGGUCAACUACACAGAUGUUGACUACACACCAGUAAAGGAUGUCAGUGACGAGGACGAUGUGUUUGAUGUUGAAGACAGCAGUGAUGGUAGUGACAGUGUUAAAAGUGGAUCUACAACUCCAGCACGCAAGAAGAGAGUUGGUCGGACACCCUCCCGCAAACAUUCAACACGGAAAAACACAAGCUCCAAGACAUCUUAUACACCAAAAUCUGCAAAGCUGAGGAGAUCAGUAGCUGAGACUGCCACACCUACCAUUCCCGGGAGAUGUAAGCCUCUGUCUUCACCCACCAGUAUACUGGAAGAAGCACGGGCAAGGUUGCAUGUGUCAGCAGUACCAGAUUCACUUCCAUGCCGUGAUAAGGAAUUUGACGACAUCUACAGCUUUGUGGAGAGUAAAAUUCUGGAUGGCACAGGAGGGUGUAUGUACAUCUCUGGUGUUCCGGGGACAGGGAAGACAGCAACUGUACGCGAAGUUACUCGGGCCUUGCAGCAGGCAUGUGAUGAUGGGGAACUGCCAUACUUCAAAUACAUUGAGAUAAACGGCAUGAAGCUGACAGAACCCCGACAGGCCUAUGUACAGAUCCUCAAGCAAUUAACGAAACAGAAGGCCACCCCUGACCAUGCAGCAGAUCUCCUCAACAAACAGUUCACUACACGAGGCCCAAGGAAGGAAACUGUCGUUCUCCUGGCAGACGAGCUUGACCUGCUGUGGACACGGAAACAGGAUGUGAUGUACAAUAUAUUUGACUGGCCGUCACACCCUCAUGCUCGCCUUGUCGUCCUGGCUGUGGCCAACACAAUGGACCUUCCGGAGAGAAUAAUGAUGAAGAGAGUGUCCUCACGCUUGGGUCUAACCAGGAUGACUUUCCAGCCCUACACUUUCCGGCAACUCCAGGAAAUAGUUGUGUCUAGGAUGAAGAGUCUGAAAGCAUUUGAUGACGAUGCUAUUCAAUUAGCGGCGAGGAAAGUGGCUGCUGUCUCUGGAGAUGCUAGGAGAGCACUAGACAUAUGUCGCCGGGCAACAGAAAUCACAGAGACAAUGUCACCCUCCAAAAAGGCGAACAUACUUGUCAGUACUUGUCACGUGGAUGCAGCUCUUCAGGAAAUGUUCUCCUCACCAAAAAUAGUCGCUAUCAGGAGCUGUGCGAUACAGGAGAAAUUGUUUCUGAGAGCCAUUGUGGCAGAGUUCCAUCGAACGGGUUUGGAGGAAGCAGAAUUUGCCAAGCUCUACUCACAACAUAUCUCCCUCUGCAGAUUUGAUGAUCUACAACCACCAUCUACAUCAGAACUAGCAGGAAUGUGCUCCAGGCUAGGAAGUAUAAGACUGCUUCUCGUAGAACAUGGACGCAACGACCUUUUUAUGAGAGUUAGGCUUAAUGUUAGUCAGGAUGAUAUCUUGUACGCUUUGAAGGAAAAGAGUGGUGUAUGAGAUCUACAUUAGGAACACCGGACAACACUACUUCGACAAGUGAAGAGAAAACCAUGACAAACAAGAACUAAACUAAUACAGUGUGUUCCUUAAAAAAAAUCUGUUUAAAAUAGGUCAACCUGACAAUUUGUGAAUUAUUUUGAGAUUGAUAUAAGCCUAAUGUAAUGUUUCAGGGAAAAGUAAGGAUGUGUUCAGAUUAAUGUUGGCAAUAUAUGUAGUUUACCUGUGGCUGUUUCAGAGAAAGGGAAAUAAUGCAGUGUUCGUUCACUGUCAGCAUUUCAUGUAGUCUAGAAUUGUUCCAAGUUUUAAAAUUUACAUUGAAGCUUGAUUUUACAACAUUCAUUGUGACCAACAUAGAAAUUCAACCCAAUUAUUCCAGAUACUGUUCUAGUAGAUUUACGAAACAUAUAAAUACAUUAACAAGAUAUAUAUUUAAUAUUCAUUCCUUAGUUCAGAAAACCCCAGAUCUAGAGUAAAACAUUUGUUUAAAAAACAUGCGAGGACCUUAUUUUGUAAAGUUUCAUUAUCUGAUCCGAUAUCGGUCACAAAUGUCUCCUUUCAAAUAAUAACAUGAAAUCUAACAUGGCUGAAUUUUUAAAUGCAUGAGUCAAUAUUUAACUAGUUUUAUAAAAUCUGAGCUAGAGAGUUUCACAUGUUAAACAAGUUUAUAUAACUUAACUUAUAUUUUUUCAUGAUUGUAAUAUAUAUUUUAAAGAAUAAAUGCAGUAAUUUAAAUUGAAUGAAUGUUAAUUUUAAAAGGUAUGAAGUAGAGAUUUUAGUGUUGAAAGGUCAUAAGGUCAUAUCAAAUUGUAAAUAAAUACAUGUAGUAGAAUUUAUAGAAUUCAUAAAAUGUUCAAUAUUACCACAAAUAUUCAAAUAAUAAUUUUAAUCAGACAUUUUUUUAAACCAUUGAGGAUGAAUUUUCAACACCUUUUAAUAUUUACAUUUUGGGGUAGGUCUAUUUUACAUUUCAAAAAUAAUCAAACAAGUCUUUUAAAUGCAUCUGGUCUUCAAAAGACUUUUCAUCAUUAAUGCGGAUCUUUUUAAACUUUAUAAUUUGUUACUUUUUUGUUAUUCAAUAAAGACUUUUACAUUAA